ACCUCAGGAGGGGGAGGUCUGUGUGGGACUUGGGAGAAGUGCUUCAGAUUGAGAUCUGGGGUGGGCACAAGACCCUAAGGGCGCACCCGCAGCCCCAGGGCAUGGACAACAUCUGGAUCAGGUUCCCCACCCGCAGCCCUAGCUAGCGAGGUCGUUGUUUGCUCAGAGGGACGGGCGGGAGGAGGCGCUUCUCUGGCCUGGACAGUGGAUCCGGGUGGCAGGCUCAGCCAAGUGCCCCGCCGGCCCAAAGCACCAGACCUGAAGACCUAGAUUUCGCCAUGAGAGAGCCGCGCAAGGGCUUCCGAGCUCGCCUGGCCCGAGUCUUGACUGGACUAGGGGGCCGAAGGGAGAGGAAGGGGAAGAUCUCAAAGGAGGCCAGACUCCAGGAUAGGCCCUGGGGUGGCCAGAGCUGCCCUGACCUUGCUCAGGGUCAGGGCAGCACCAACAAUGUCAGCCUCAAGGUUCAAACCCAAAGCCAUUCAGAAUGGGACCUUCGGGUCAGGAGCCAUGGUGGUUUGUGGACUCAGAGGCGACUCCACACCUCAGGAAGACGAAGCGAACCCCUGGGAAGGCUACAGAGACCAGCUGUGGGCAGUGCGUGUGACUUGGCCGGCUAUGACUCCAUGGAGCAUGAGUGCCCAGCAGGGACAAGCUCUACUGAAGCCAUUGGUGGUCCCAGCCAUCCCUCCCGCCCAGAGUCUGCUUCUCCUUCUUUGAAACAGGGAUCACCAGGCGCCCCCUGCCAGCACCCGCAACAUGGCGCUCCAGAAGUUCUACUGAAGCCGGAGCUACCCAGCAACCUGGAGGACGCACCCCUACUGCCCCGCCCGGAUUCCUUCCUCACAGCAGCAGGGGCAAAGGGCAAGCCUGACACCUCAGGGUCAGCCCAGUCAGAGCCAGAGCCCCUACACACUCGUCUCUGUGUCAGAAGGACCCGCUACCAUAUCACUGUCACCCUGCAAGGGUGCGGACCGGCACCUGGGGAGGAAGGUAAGGAACCGGCCAGACCAGCUCCCCACCCCUGUGGCCCUGAGGAAUCCAGGGGCUGGCAGGAACCUCCUCAGGAACUCCGCCCCAUUACUGGGUAUCCAAUCAACCCGCCUGGGGAGCCGCCGCCGAGAGUCCCACAGCAUCAGGGAAGCAAGGCCCAGCAGGAGCGCCGAGUGGGCUGGGAACCUGGAUUCCCACACAGCCGGUAAGUGAGGGGCGCGAUGGUGGGAGGUUAGUCUGAUGUGGCAACUCUUACUUAGGUCCCUCUGCCUUGUUCCUGGGUUCCGCAAGCGGGAGGCUCUCAUUCAUUUGGUACCUUGGGCGCGAGUCGACUCCGUGUCCACUCCCUGAUUCUAUGCCUCUUUCUCUUUCUCGUCACCUCUAGGCUGAAACUCAUCUCUGCCUUCCUCCCUGUCCCACCACUCCCCUCAGGAAGGGAAAUCUUAUGGAAAGGAUGGGGUAGUCAGGGUAACCGUCCUUUCAGCUACUCUUGUUAAUCCUGGCUUCUUUGCAAGAGAUUGCGGACCCAGCCUGGGAAUAGGCACCUAGCCAAGGGGCUGGGCGCCCUGGCACAGGUUACUUAACUUCUCUGAGUCUUGCUUUGCUGAAUGGGUAUGGUAGUCAGAGAUGAGGAAGAAGGAGGUGGGUACGGGCACAUGCUUUGAACUCCACUGAGCUGGGCUGACAAAACAGCAGGGAUGCGUAUUAAUUACACGCCAUUGGCAAUGGUAAUUAUCCCACCUGGCUCUGCUGUCAGCCACAAAAGCGGCGCCGAGACUCCCAAGCCUCGGUUUUUAUUUGUGUUGAAGUGAGUCUCCUAAAGCAUCCUGGUAGUCUCAGAGCGGGGAGGUAUGGAUUCCUCAAAACUUGUUGAGGAGGAAUGAAGACGGGACCUCGUUAGGCCAGCCCUGGGCCACCAGAGGGGCCUCUGAGAAGCUCCUGCUGACGGCAGAGGCGCCAGUCAUCUACGGCUUGUGUUUUAAGUGUGUCAUCUCAUUUAAUCCACAGAAUAGGAGCUAACUUUUCCAUGAACCCCAGCUAAUUAGAGUAGGGACCGAGGCUCAACAAGGACAAGUCACUUGCCCAAAGCCAACUGGACAGUCAGAAUUCAAACCCAGGUUUGUCUAUGCCCUAGCCACCCACCCACACCCUCAACCCCCUGCACACUUUGCCUCUUUGGCCCUGUGCAGAGCACAGGGUGGCCUGAAAACACGCUUAACAGAAGCCAAAGCAUGGAGGUCCAGGUCCCCUCAGUAGGAGCUGGUUCUGUCCCUAGGGAGGAGGACGGUGGCGAUCCAAACUGGCCCUGAGAGCUGCCAGGGUACCCCAGCAUGGGAAGGCAGUCUGUAAAAGGAUGAGGGGGUGGGAUGAGCUGUUUUUAGAGGCAGAUGGGAAACAUGCAGGAGGGUGAGGUGGGGAACGUGGGGUUCUGGUUGAUUGGGGUCCAGGUGAAUAAAGCCUAGAGUUGGAAUCUAGGAGGCACCUACCGAGAGGAAGGAAGGUGACUCCCAGGGACAUGGUCCUUCUCUACCCACUCUGUGCUGGAGGGUUCUUGGCUAAUGUCGGGAAAGGGGCAGAGUACAGCAGGGCAACAGGUGGGAGUGUAUGAGCUAUGCGUGCCCCACGUACGUGCUCCUGUCCAAGGGUAGAUGGAUCGCCACCGAGAGAGAGCGCUCAUGUGUUGGCUGUGAGCUGAAUGGGUGUGUGCUGGACAUACGAGCACAUGUGUGCUAUGGUGCCUAUGUGUUCCGUGGCGGAGCAUGUGGCUUGCUCGCCUAUUAUGCCUCUGCGUGUUUGUGUCUCUUGGUGUGUGACCAUGUGUGUGUUGCUGCGGAUUCCCGGCUGUGUUCGUCCAGGCGGGUGACUCUGUGUUUUCGUGCUCUGUGAUGUGGUGGGUCCUCGACUCUGCGAAUGCCUGUCUGAUUGAUGAGGCAUGCGUUUGGCAGCAUGUGGGCCUGUGGACUGGUUUGGCCUAGUUUGGGGGUGACUCACAGGUAAGCGGGGAGAAUCCUAGGACUUGUUGGGUUAGCUGAGAUCUUUUUCCCACACUCCCCCCCUACACAACCCCCUCGGCCUCUCCCUUCCCAUACCCACACACCUUGCUUAGAGGUCACAGGUCACCUUGCUGGCAAAUCCACUUGUGGACUUGAAGAAGAGAGGGCUCUUGGAACAGGCACUUCUGUUUGCACGGGCGGUAACUAGGUUACUGGGGUGUGUCUCUAGACAAAGACAAAAAUGGGGAGCUAUAGGCAGACACAUUCCAAUGCGCAUGAACAACAUUCUAGCUGUCCGUGACUGUCUAGGGAUGGGACAGGUGAACUGUCAGGAUGACCUCCCUGUCCCUAGAGGUAUGCAGGCAGAAGCUGUGACCACAUGCUUAAGGAAUGAGUGGCCAUCAGGGGGUGUUGUCUCUGGGUUGGGCUGGGCUGAGAAAGGCAUGGAGCUGAUUGCUGGGAAGUCAUCAGUAGACCCUGCCUUCCUUCAGCUUCCCCAGAGCUGUUUGUUUCCCUGUGGCUUUGCCCAUGGGACUUUGCAAACAUCCGAUCCUUUAACUGAGAACUCCUGGGAUAUCAGCCUCAGAAGAAAGCUAGCCUUGGUGAGUCUGGCCAAGACUUGGCACUUUGCCCCAAAGAGUUAGCACUGAAUGAAUGAAUGAAUGAAUGAGUGAGUGAGUGAAUGAACCAGUUACAACUUAAGUUUUAUGGCUUGUCGUCAGUUACGAGCGAUCUGGAGGAAUGAAGAUAAGGGACUCUGUAAGGAGGAGGAGGGUACUCCUUAAUGUGGUGCUGAGUAAGGGAUAAAGUAGGAGAACCCAGAGGACAGAACAAAGCUUCAGUGAGGGUAGUAGGGUCUGGCUGUUGUCAGGAGCUGAGUUUGAGUUUAGGGGGUCUAUGCGUGUCUGUUCUCAACACACUCUGGCUAAGGAAGUCUUAGGGGUCAUCCAGGACUCCCCAUCCUCAUUUGCAGGCUGUCAGGGGCCCCACAGACUCUAUCCCAGACACUGUGGUAGCCAGCAGUGGUCCUGAAGUUGAGUCAGACAUCUGUGGGCCUCAGGUCCUUUCAUCUAUACCCCCUUAUAAGACCUGAGUCACUGCUGGGCUACAGGGCAGGUCAAAGUUCUGGUUUCUUCCAGUUUCUCAGGAUGGAGGGAGGUAGAGAUGGGGGAAGAGAAUUAGGGCAGUGGGCCCAUUUCUCACUCAGGGUGUA